AGAAGUGGUGACUACUGAUUACGUCAGUGUCCUGGGAUAUAUAGAGGGACUCCGUCAGUCUGUCAGACACACUCUGGUUAUUUUCUCUCUGAGACGGGAAAACAGCCAACAGUCAAGAUGAAACUUUCCAUUGCCAUUGCCGUGUUGAUGCUUGUGUUCGCCGCACACACAGAGGCUCAGGAGGCUGAGAAGACCAUUGAGGAGCAUUUCGCCACCUUCGGCAAUCAGAUGAAGGAACUAACUGAUGACCUGAGCGUCAAGACCAAGGACAUGUUUGAAAAGAUCGGGGACAGCGAGUUCGCCUCCAAGACCAAGAACUGGUUCACUGAGCAGUUUGACAAGAUGAAGGCCAAGGUCGACGAGAACUUCCCCAAGCAGUAGUAAGCCUGUACACCUCUGACCCUGCCUGUCUAAGACCCCCCCACGCCCCCAUCACGCUUCUUGCCUGGUGACGCGGUUGCCGUGACGCUGACACCAAGGUUAUAUUCCCCCUCUGUGAAGAGACUGAUGUCAUCUCUGUGUAAUUGUUAUGGCUUGCUUUAAUAAACAUGGCUUGCUUUAAUAACCUGAACAAUAAAGACACCUUUGUGAUAAAACUA